GCCUUUGAUUUGACUGUCUGCACAAGCGCAGUUUGGCGCGAGACGACCAUUAGGAUGAAGUGUUUCUACGCAUGACGUCGCCUACAAGUGUGAUCAGCCUAUCUUCAUACUGGACGUCUUUUAUUACAGUCAAUAGGUACACUAGAUAAAACACAUAGUUGUGGCAUCUGGAAGUCCACUACAGAGGAUAUUUCUUGAUAACCUCGUAUUUAGCAUUCUCAUUUAAUGUGCUUUUUUUUUUACACAGUCCUGACACCUCACUUAACUGUUGCUGAGAUUUUCACUUAGGCCUACCAGAAACUAUUUGAAUAUCAAGCUCAUAAAAAGUAUCAUUAAUAAUUAGCCCACACGCACUUCUUUUCAAAUGUCCAUCACAUGUUCUAAUUUUAAUGGUAGACACGUUUUUUUAGAACCAGGAAGUUAAAGUUUUCAAAGUCACACCCCCACACAUACGAUAUCACUGAAAAGCCCAGAAUGUCCUCUCAAAGGGACAACAGGACUUAAUACAGUAGCUUGUGUGGCCUCAGAGAUGCGGACCAAGAACGGAUGACCACUGGAAAGGACAAAAAUGAAGGAGGAUAUUAAACAAAACAAUAGGAGCACAGAUUAUAUGAACACAGUUUAUGUCACAGUGGACCUUUCAACUUUGCCUUUUUGACAGAGUCUAUCGUUUGAACUCAUGAGAUGUUUUGAUUUAAUUAUGGCGCAUCCCUUCUAAAUGGCAUGAUGGCGGCGGACUUAGUUAUCUCUACAUCGCCUCUCGUUCUGACUCCCAGAGAGGGCUGAAAACAGUGUCUAUUGUCCUCCCCUAUCAACCCGGGCGGUUUCGAUCAACCGAGAGGAAAGAUAACAACCAUGAACUGUGUGUCGAUCGUCGCCUUACUGUCUCCUCUCUCUGCGGGCUGAGCAUAGAUCACUCCGGUGGAUUAACCCCUCACGAGCAUUACAUCACCGAUUCCCACACCCCGAAGCGUAAAAUGAUACCCAUUUCAUAUUUAACGAGCGGAUCUGAACACUGGUGAUGACGGGUGACGCCUGGAUUUAAUUUUUUGACGUCGUGGGGAUUAUCCAAAUAUAUCAACAAUAUCAACGUAGGCUAUACAAUUCAUCAACGAGAUGAUGGCGCUUUUAUGAACGGGAGAUAGACGAACACUGUUAUCUACAUCUCUGCCUGUAGGCUCCUUUGUCUUCGUAGAGAAUGUGAAUGGCGAAAGAUGACAUGGCAGAGGUAGAUUCAGCAUCCAGUGGAGCGGAACCCACGCGCGGGCUGGAGAUAGCGUUCCCAUACGAGGAGUAUGAAUGCAAAAUAUGUUACAAUUAUUUCGACCUUGACCGUCGCGCACCCAAGAUUUUAGAAUGCUUGCACACAUUUUGCGAGGAGUGCCUGAACACUCUCCAUCUCCGCGAGGAGCGUCCAUGGCGAAUCAGCUGCCCUAUAUGUCGCCACAGGACGCCCGUGCCGGACUAUCGGAUACAAAACCUGCCCAAUAAUACCAAGGUAACGGAGGAUUUCCCAUUGUACAUUGACUCUGACCCUCUGCCUCAAGAUGCCUUGCCCCUCUACCCUCCUCCGUUGCACCCCGCACUCGUCGCCCUCAGGCGCGAGGAGGCAUCGGGGGCGUCCACGAGCCAAGCUACCCCCUCCACUACCUUGUCCACCGCCACUACGCUCUCCCAGGACUCCGUGCGCUAUGACAGCUGUCAGAGCUGCAAGCGGGUUGCCCUGACUACGGGCUGUGUGUGUGUGAUAUUCUCCUUUCUGUCCAUGCUGGUUCUGCUCUUCAUGGGCCUGAUCUUCGUGCACAGUCACAGCAACCCGCCCUCGCCCGCGGGCCCCAUUUGCCUGUCCGUGGCCAGCAUCCUAGCCAUGUUCUCAGUGGUCGUCACGUGGCUGAUCUGCUGGUUAAAAUAUAGACCAGAUCACGAGUCAGGCCGCUCGUCUGGAACGAAUAGGAGGAACGCCUGAUGAUGAAGAUGCUAAUCAUGAUGAUAAUGUGAUGUGUGUGUGAUUACGUAAAUAUUGCUGUAUACUAGCAUAAUGUCCCUCCCUCCCUUCACUUGUUGUUGUUGUUGAAAUAAACAUUGUCCAGAA